AUGAGUUUCCUAUCUAAACUUUCUGAAUGGAAGAAAGCGAAACCCGUUGCUGUCUCUGGCAAACUCUCUGGGACGGCAACACCCUCUUCUUCCGAGCCACACUCCGACGUAUCGUACUUACCUGACAACUACGUUCGGGACGAGGACCCAGCCGUGCGGCGCCUGAAGGAGCUACGCCGCAAGGAACGGUUGAAGAGUGGGCCGACAGGGACCGCAGUGAAGAGGAAACGGAGGGCCCCCGGUGCCCCCGACGAGCCCCGCAAGAGACGGAACGGUGCUGACAGCGAGGGCGGGCUCCUCGGGACCGUGUACAAGAGAAGACCAGGCUCACGACAGCAACAAGCAGCCACUCACGCUGGGGCAGCGACGAAAAGGGACGCUGUGAAGAAGAUGACGUUUGAGGAGCUGAUGAUGCAGGCGGAGACGAACGCGGUGGAGAAGCCGGCGACCACGGCGCCCCCGCAGCGCACGGCGGCGCCGGUGCGGAACCCCGGUUUCAAGCCGCGGAGGCGGAGGACGGGGCCCGCCUCCACUACCAAAACACCCGCGGAACCGAGCAAACCGACGCAGCGGCGACCCGCGACACCGCGGUUCCCCGCCCAGCCGAACGACCUGCUCCGGCGGCGGCUAAAACAGCGCGAACAGCGCGAACAGCGGCAGCAGCAGCAGCAGCAGCACCGGGGGGCAACGGCGGCUACGACUCCGCGUCGGACUCUGAGCUGGACGACUUCAUCGCGGACGACGACGAGGACGACGAGGGCGGCCGCGGCCGUGGCGCGCGGGACGGGUACGACCGCGACGAGAUCUGGGCCCUGUUCAGCCGCGGCGGGCGCGGACGCGACGAGUACGUCGCGCGGGAGGCUGGCGGAGGGCGACGAUGACGACAUGGAGGCGAACGAGAUGGAGAUCCUGGAGGAGGAGCAGCGCGCGGCGCGGCUCGCGCGGCUGGAGGACAAGCGCGAGGAGCAGUGGCUGCGGGCGCACGACGCGUCGAAGCGGCGGCGGCGCGGGUGA